GGCCCUCUGGUGGCGUUCGAAGGCACAGACCAUCAUGUUAUCCGUGGCAUGCGGCCGCCCGUUCUACCCCCUGCGAUCCUUCCAUGGCCAACCCAAUCGCCUGGUGGUCCGACGCAGCAGGGCUUCAAUCGUCGAGCGAGGUUCCCCAUGCCGACCGUGGAGAUCCUAUAGCAGCGGAAGCUUGCCCCCCUCGUCGUCCUCCUCAAGAAGCAGAUGGAACGCGCGGCCUCCAGGGACAGACGGAGAUCCUGCCGUGGAAAGCAGAGUUGGUUCCGGAAGCCCUUCUACUAGUUUCUUGUCCCUGCUCUGCCCUCUUCUCAAGUUCUUUGGUGGAGGAGAUCCGUCUCAAGAACGAAAUGAAUUUCUAGAGGUUGCAACAUCUUCAAUAUCUAGUUUAGCUAGAUCUCCAUGGGGUUCAAAAUCAUUAAACAACAUAAACAACCUGGAAUCUGCAACAAGUCCACAACCAUACUUGCAAAUAUAUGAAUUUGAGGCAUGCCCUUUUUGUAGGAGGGUCAGAGAAGCAAUGACUGAGCUGGAUCUCACGGUAGAGGUUUACCCUUGCCCAAAAGGAUCACUACGCCAUAGAGAAUUGGUCUGGAGUAUUGGUGGGAAAGAACAGUUUCCUUUUCUUGUGGAUUUGAAUACUGGUGUUUCAAUGUACGAAAGCAAUGAUAUAGUGAAGUACCUAUUCAGGCAGUAUGGUCAAGGGAGGAACCCAUCUUUUGGUCUCUUGGAGAGCACAGUGUUCACAGGAUGGGUACCUACUCUUCUACGGGCCGGUAGAGGCAUGACAUUGUGGAAAAAUGCAGGAAAGGAACCUUCGAUGAAGCUAGAACUUUAUUCAUAUGAGAACAGUGUGUAUUCUAGGAUUGUUCGAGAAGCGCUUUGUGAGUUGGAACUUCCAUACAUUCUCCAAAAUGUUGGAGAGGGCUCAACAAAAUCCAAGUUGCUUCUUGAGACAUCUGGUUCGAACAAGGUACCAUAUCUUGUUGAUCCUAACACCGGAUUACAAAUGGGUGACUAUAAGAAGAUUUUGUCUUACUUAUUCCAGACAUACUCUGCCAGUAACUAGCUUUUCUUUCGCAAGCUCAUUGGACUGUAUCACACGAGAUGUGUCCCUUCCAUUUCAUGCAGUAAGCUGUGCCAUUUACCAAACUUUCGCCCAGCUAGAAAAAGAAGUGAAGAAAUGUAUGAUGCUCAGUAAUUCAUUUGACAAAUCUAAACCAGUACCUUUAGCUGAUA